AUGAAGCCCGAUCCGCUUCCGGUUCUUCGUACGACACACCCGAGGGAUGAAAGAUUUACUCAUUUCAUCUUCGACUUCGAUUGUACAAUUACCAUGAAGGACACUAGCCAGCUCAUUGCAGACACUGCUAUUGCCUAUCAUCUUGUCGAAGCGAAAGAUUUCACUCAAGUGUGGCAAGAAAUCGUUACUGCGUAUGACACUGAGUAUAGUGCUCACAUUGAGGGAUACGAGCCAAAAUGGGAUACAUUGGAGGGGAUAAUUGAGCGUCAAAGAAGCCAGAAGGAACUCGAGAUUAGAAGCAUCAACCGCAUCAGUAGUUCAGGUAUAUUUGCAGGCAUAUCCAAAAGAGAAUGGGAAGCUGCUGGUGGGCGUGCUGUCUUGGAAGGAAAAUUGGCGAUCAGAGAAGGCUUUAGGGAAAUCAUAGAAGAAAUUGAGAGACGAAAUGGUUUUUGGGGUGUCGUCUCAGUUAGUUUCUCAAAAGACUUUAUAAGGGGCGCUUUGGAGCAGUAUUUGGGAUAUCUUAUCGAAGCACCAAUCGUAGCGAAUUCUCCAGACGAAGCAGGAAUCUUGAGGGGUCCUGAAUGGGGUUGGGAGGCUGGACUCAACACUACUCAAGCUAACUGCCCGGAUUGCGAUUUCGGUCCCUUUCCCAGUACCCAACUUCUCAUUAAUCACUUCCUACACGUUCAUAAUCGAGAGUUUAUGACACCAUUAACUACAUCGGACACGAAAGCAAACGCAAUGCACAGAUUGCUUAAGCAUUGGAACCUCGACACCGAUGAUCAAGCGGCCUAUUAUGGCGAUUCUGCAACAGACAUUGAAUGCCUCUUUGACCCUUGUGUGAAAGGUAUUCUUGUAGGGGAUGGAGGCGGUCCGAUUCUGGCGAUGCUUGAUUCUCCCAACGGACCUGAUUUUAUGCUGGUUGAAUCAUAUACUACAGACUUUGAGAAUGUUAUUGCUCGUCAACCCGGUCAAUCCUAG